AGUAUAAAGCUUCAGCCUCCUCCGACGACUCGUGCCUGACUCCCUGCCAACCUGUGUGAAGCUAGAAAGAGGAAUAGCGAGAGAGAGAGAGAGGGAGGGAAGAGGAAGAGAGAGGGAAAGAGAGAGAAUGGAUUUUUUUGGAAGGAAAUAAACAGAGCAGCCUGGAAAUCGACCUUUCCGUCACCAGUUUUGGCAUCCAGCGAUAGCACCUCUCCCGCUUCUCUGCAUGAGGGGGCAGCAGCGCUUGGACUCCAGUUUGACGGACAAGCACGCAGUCAAUGGGAAUCCCACUGUGGAGCCUUUUCCAGAAGGCAUGGAGACAAUCAUGUUUGGUUUAGGCUGUUUCUGGGGAGCUGAGAGACUUUUCUGGCAGCUUCCAGGAGUCUUCUCCACACAGGUGGGCUACGCCGGCGGCUUCACCCCCAACCCUACUUACCACGAGGUCUGCACAGGUCAGACGGGUCACGCCGAGGUGGUGAGGGUGGUCUUCUCCCCUAAAGACGUCAGCCUCGAGGAGCUGCUCAAGCACUUUUGGGAACGCCACGAUCCCACACAAGGUAUGAAGCAGCAGAAUGACCAUGGCACUCAGUAUCGCUCAGCCAUUUACGUAUCCAACCCUGCUCAACAGGAGCUCGUUUUGAAGAGCAAAGUGGCCUUCCAGCAGGAGCUGGAUAAAAAAGACUUCGGUCCCAUCACCACAGAGAUCCGGGAGGGCCAGACGUUCUUCUACGCCGAGGACUAUCACCAGCAGUACCUGAAGAAGGUACCUAAAGGCUACUGUGGCCUCAAAGGCACCGGAGUCUCGUGUCCCAUCGGAGGCGGGAAGGAUGAACUGUGAAUCACAGUUGAUCCUUUCUCACCACACAUCCCUCACAGACUGUGAGAAAAGGAUGAGGAUUUAUGAAUGGUGUUAUUUCGUCAUUUAUUGUCCUUUUAUCUUGCCUUUUUCUGGCCUUUUUAAAAAUAUUUGAUACACUGGUUAAAUAUAUGCACUUCCAGUGUACGUAUUAGCACUUACAAACAUAAUAACAUAUUACAGGGUUCCCACGCGUCCUGAAAAACCUAGAAAACAGGUGACCAAUUUUCCAGUCAUUGAAAACAUAUGGAAAAUGAGAAAAAAUCAUGCGUGUCCUGGCAAAUUACUUCAACAUUCUCCUAUUUUCCUUUAGCUGAUAAUUAACUGCAAUGUAGGGUAUCUAUCAGACCUACCUAAAACGGAUAACGUUGCCAUCUGAAUGUUAUGUUCAGGAUCAUAUUAACGUUCAAAUGGUGGUUUAGAGAGAUUUUUUUGAAUAGGCUACACUUGGUGUCAUGUCACAUGCAGGUUGGAUGACAACAGUAACGUUCCCAACUUGUUAUAAACGUUUGAAUACUGUUAAAUUUGUUAACAUGUUUGGUUCAUUUGCUAAAGGUGACGUGUUAUUUCUAAGCAUGUAAGAGAUUAUUUCAUAGAUAACUUAUAGCCAUUGACUGCACAUCUUUUAAAUCAGUCUUCCGCAUAGAGGAGUAUAUUAGUGUAUGGUGUCAUUCGUGCUAGAUCAUCACUGGAAAUGUCCUGGAAAAGUCCUGGAAAAUGAUCUUUAGAAAUGAGUGGGAACCGUGAUAUCAAUAAGCUUGCAAAUACUUUAUUAAUACUCUGGGAAUUUUUCAAUCAAAGUUUCAAUAUAUGUUUUUGCUGUCUGUCAGCUCUGGAGAAAGAAUCAGAAUCAGCUUUAUUGGCUAAGUGUGUGUACACAUGAAAAUAAUUUGACUCCAGUUUGUCGUUGCUCUCAAUGUAAACAGAAAUAGACAUACAGCU